AUGACAGCCCAGGCGCCGGAUCUGGCGGCCGCAAUAAACAACGUACAAGGUGCACUGAUGAACUUGGCGAAUUAUGUGGAGUUUGCACAAGCCGAAAAUAUCAUAUAUGAGGUUGUUCAGCGUGAAGUACGACAACACAACAUGAGAGCAUUCAACUGGAGAGGCAACGCCGACUCAGAACCACACCUAAUUCCACCACCACUUCCUGGCUUUCAGCAACAGCUGGAACUACCUGAAGGCGUACACUUCCCACAAAAUACUCAUCAAUUCUGGAGGCUAACCGCGGCUAGCUAUCGUGCUAUUUUACAAGCUUAUGGACAAGCUAUUGAUGGUAAUCGCUAUACGCUUCAGGAUCGCCUUCGCAAGUUUAUCACCCUUCCACCACUUGAUGGUUAG